AUGCCAUUCUCUUCUACUUCCACUUCCUCCUCGACGUCUGAGGCGUCUGCGACUCCUCUUGCGGAUUAUUUUUGGAUUGCUGGUGUGGAUGGGACCGAGAUUCUCGAUACCUUUCGCCGCUUAGGAGACGAAUACAGAGCCAACAGUGCCACUUCCCCCGGCCCCGCCCUCGCUGAUACUAUCGAGGAGGAUGCAGAUGCUGAAGAGGCCCAUGAUCCUCGGCUGGAUGGGCUCUCCAGACCUGGUUCUGCCAAUGGGAAUCGGGACUCCGUUCAGCGCCUGUCGUUUCGUUCAGGGGAUUCGGAUCCCCAUCCCAACGGUUCCAGCAGUAACCGCAGCAGCAUGACCAUAAAGGACAACGGUGGUAAUGGCGGUAACGGUGGUAAUGGCGGCAAUGGUGAUGGUGCAGGGGAUAAUGAUGGUAUUGCUACUCCGGCCGCGGUUUCGCCGCGAACCUCGGCUCUGAUCUACGAUUCGGGUCACUUUGAUUUCGACAAGGCGUUGCUCAAAUUCGCUUCGGAGAGAGAGUCCUUUCUGUCGGAUCUGAGUCUCAGCGCGGGUGCGAUCACCCCGAAUAACCGGCCUAGGUCCCGUUUACGCACCCAGAAGAUCGUCUCGGAAGAGAACUCGUCAGGGGGCGGCAAUCUGCUUCGUUCUGGAAUUGGCAGCGUGCGCCGGCAUAUGGCAUUUCGCGACAUGAACAGUAUGAAGAGACAGCCCUCUGUGGCCCGUCAAGCAUCGAUACGAACUUCGCGACGCCUGAGUAACUACAAUUCCGUCAUUCCAGCCCCGCAACCGCUCGAAAUUUCCCCCACCAUGCACCCAUUGAAACGUCGAUUCGAACCCGUCCUGCUUGAUAGAUACCCCACCAAAGGCAUGCCUGAUGAGUUGAAGCAACGGUGCAAUUUCCCCGACUACGUGCCCAUGUUUGCCUUCCCGAAUGAUAUCAACAUCGUUUCCUCCGACCAGAGACCACGCUCUACCUGGCAUGGCUUUGUCAUGACCACCGAUACCGGUGCGAGAAUCCACGCCAUCUGUGUUAUUAUCUGGAUUCCCCUAAACCCGCAGGCGGCUGAAGAACUCGAGAAGCGUUGCGAGGAGUGGCGCAAGGACAACAUGACCGACGAAGAGCGGGAACUGGCUGCCAGUCUCGGAGAACGAUUGGCCUCUGAGCGUGCGAAGCUGUCCCGGCUGCUUGCGGAACUGCCAACAGUCCCCUCGGGCUCGGAACAGAGAGAGCAAUUGGAAGAUGAUAUCAGCGCAGUGGAGGAGAAGAUCGGGCUGAUGACCGAUCUCUUGCGCCCUGUCCGUCAUGGAGCUGCUUCCAAAAUUGAGGGUCUCACAGAUGGCGAUACGGGUUUCUGGAUCCCCCGCGCAUACGGAAUUCUGGGCCGCGAAGCUAGCAUGACCAGCUUGUGGAAAGAGUGGUUGAAAGCGGUCAUUGUUCCCAUGACUGAAGGCAUCCAGCGUGUGCCUCCCAGUUCGCCGCGCAUGGGUAUCUGGCAGCCUUUGGAGCGAUACGUCAUGAACCUCUGCACUGAAGCAUUCAGUCCCAAUGCUUCGAAGACACAGGUUGAGUUAUCGGUCAGGGAAUUGCGUCUGUUUGCGCGUAAGGAGGCCAGUAAUGAAUUGCCCGGUUCGCGUAAUACUGAUAUCUUUGCUCUAUUCCGAGCUCUAUCGGUACCUAAUAUCGUUAUUUUGCUUGAGUAUGCAUUGACGGAAUCACGCAUCAUCUUCUUAUCCUCUCAUACAUCAAUGCUCUAUCUGGCUACCAAGGCCCUGGUCGAUCUCUUGUUCCCUAUCCAAUGGACCGGUGUCCUCAUUCCAAUUCUCCCCGCCCGUCUGAUCCAAGCCCUCGAAGCACCGUGCCCGUACAUCGUGGGUAUUGAACGCCGGUAUGAAAAGGUGGAAUUGCCAUCUGACGACUUCGUCCUGGUUGAUUUGGACUCCGACAUGAUUGAGAGUACAAUUAGGCCCACUCCGCUGCCGCGACACCAGCGCCGGAAACUGCUGUCGUUGCUCCAAUUGGCAGCCCCUCACCACAAUCGGUGCGGUGUGCCCACGGGUCCUCCCGCGUACGCCGUCGAAACCUAUCCGUUCGAUUCCUUCAUGUCUGAGAAUCCUUUUAUCUUCAACCCCAAGGCGCAGUCCACCCAACUGGCCAAGUACGUCAGUCUCAACUCGAGUUCUUUUGGCCAAAACUCGAAUCCCCAGAACCCGUACCAGCCACCCAUUUUCAAUGCGUAUCUGCAAGCUCGCAAUGAGUCGGUGUCUAGAGGCUACUCAUCCAAGGGAUCCGAUAGACCAGGGACGGGCUCCACUUCGAAGACAGGGUCUCCACCAUCCCCAAGGAUGGAUACCUCGCCAACUUCAGGUCAUUUCCCUCCGCCAGGAUCUCGCACGGACUCGGGUUUGGCUCUUCAGGCAUCCCUGCGGGAAAAGCGAUCUGGUCACUUUGAUGCGGCGUCCCGGCGGAGCUCCUCAUUCGGCAUGGACAUGAAGACGGGCAUUCCCCGACGUCCCAGCGCGCCUUUCUUGGGCCACACGCCUAACCUGUCCGUCACGACUCUGAACACCGAUUAUAACCCUGGAUCGACCUAUGCGCCGUCUGUGUAUGCCCAGUCAACAGUUGCUGCAUCCACAAUUGUCCCGACGGCCUCUCCACCACCUAUCCAUAACUCGGAAGGCACGUGUUGGGUGGAGGGACAUUGCUUGCAGGUCCAGCCUUGGGACGACAAGGCCAUCUGUGCGAUCUGCAAUGACCGGGCCGAGGAAGGAAUGUACAAAUGCAGCGCCUGCAAGACCGUUGUGCACAAUCAGUGUGCUCUGCAGAUCUGCAUUGUGUGCCCGGCCGCGUUCCACCCGGAACAGGUUCGUGCGGCUUUUGUCCGGUGCUUCGCCAGUCUGUUCUACACGUACAAGAAGUUUCUUCAGCCGCCUACUGGUGACAAGAAGAAGUCUGGUUUGUACUACAGCUUCAAUAUGGAGGCUUUCAUGAAGAGUUUGCCGGGUGAACAUGCGGAGUACAUUGCUGUUUUGUCACAGACUCAAGGAUUCAACGAAUUCAUCAGCGAGAGAGAGUAUUCCAACCCGAAGUCGAAGAACAAAGACCCCCGCAUGACGCUCUUCGAUGAGAUCGUCCUGUCUAAGCGCAACCGUGGUCGCUCUUCGAUUUUCUCUGGCCGGAGCACGACAGACUUCCUGUCUGACACUUCGAACCAUCUCUGGCGGACCGCUAAUGCGGCGUCAGUCGCACCCAGCAGUCGGAAUCAGCAGAGUAUCUCUGAAGAUUUCAGCCGCAUGGCAGUCAAAGCACCGGCGAAACUCGAGACAAGCCUGAUGAAAGACCCCCGCAUGAUUCAUGGAGUGCCUCGACCGUCCAAGGCGGCGAACAAGGCCACUCGAAAGCCACUUCCAAAGCUCAUGAAUGGAUUGUCUAUUACGCCUCCGUAG